AUGGAAGAAUAUAAAGAAAUUAUGCAAAAUAAAAAAGGAAAGGUUGAUGUUACACCCAUUGCAAACUUUUUUAGGGAGGAAGUUAAACAACAAAUUACAAAAAAUUGUUGGAAACCAAGAGUUGUUGCAUUUUUAACAAGUGAUGAUCAAGGUGCAAUUGAUUAUUCAAAAUGGACAAAAUUAGCAUGUCAAAAAGAUGGUAUUGAAUUUAUAUUGAAAAGAGUUGAAAGAGUUGAUUUAGAGGAUUUAAUUAUAGAAGCAAAUAAUGAUUCAUGUGUACAUGGUAUUUUAGUUUAUUAUCCAGUAUUUGGAGGUAUGAUGGAUUCUUAUUUACAAGAUGUUGUUAGUCCAACUAAGGAUAUUGAAGGUUUAUCAACCCAAAAUCGUUUCAAUCUCUAUCACAACAUUCGUUUCAUGGAUGGCGAAACCGCUACCAAGAAAUGUGUCAUACCAUGCACACCAUUGGCAAUGGUAAAGAUAAUUGAUAAUUUAGGAAUCUACGAUAAAUCAUUAGCAAUGGGUGAGCAUUUAAAAGGUAAGACUGUGACAAUCGUCAAUCGUAGUGAAAUCGUGGGUCGUCCAUUGGCUGCAAUGUUGGCAAACGACGGUGCGAUAGUGUAUUCAAUCGAUAUCAAUGGCAUCAUCAUAUUUCAGUCUGGUAAAAGACAUGGUACUAUUAAAAUGUCUGAAACUAAUGUUACACGUGAAGAAGCAAUCUCAAAAUCUGAUAUCCUAAUAUUGGGUGUACCUUCUCCAAACUAUAAAGUAAACUCUGACCUAAUUCAAGAUGGUACUAUUGUUAUAAAUUUCGCUGGUUGUUUAAAUGUUGAUGAAUCAAUCCAAGAGAAAUCAAUUUUAGUUCCAACAAUUGGUAAAGUUACAAUUGCAAUGUUGGAAAGAAAUUUAUUACGUUUAUUUAAUAAUCAAAUUUCAAAUAAAUAA